AUGGAACAACGUCAUUCCAAACGACGGGUAGCGACCAUCUCACAUUGUUCAUUGGGUUCCAGCACUCUGAGUUUGGAACAGAGUCCCGGAAAUGGAACUUCCACUAGUUACUUCGAGGACGUCCAAGACCCUAACAACAUAUUUUCAAACGCUCACUUACUCGGUCAAAAUGGAGCCAUUGUCCAUUCAACGGGCUUUUGUAGUGAUCCAUAUGUAAAUGGAUUCACGUCUACUCCGCUGAUUGAUGUGGAAAGUGUGGAAGGAGGCGAUAGGAAUCAUUCUCUCUCGUUGAGUGCACCUCCACAGCGAUACAAAAGUGGUCCAAGCACCAGACGUCCUUUGUUUCGCCCAGGGUUUCCAGACGAAGAUAAAGACCUACAAAGCGGACCUCCAUCUUCACCAACAACUACAGCAACAACAACGUCAUUGGACCGUUCAUCCCUGUCAGUUACUCAUCUUCCUCAUGUUCCCUAUUUCACGGUGAAGCCUCUCUUCUCUAUUUCCCUGAACUUGGGACAAGGUUACAAUGAGUGUGGUGCCAACCAGAAUGCUAGAUCUAAUUCAGGCAACAAUUUAAAUGGAGAGUCUCGAGACGAGUGGCUUCAACGACGCUCCCAUGGUGAUCGACGUCAACAAAAGCGAUAUAGGACGUCAUUUUCGCAAUUUCAGUUGGAAGAAUUAGAGCGGCUUUUCUUGACCACUCAUUAUCCGGACGUUUUUCUUCGAGAUAUCAUAGCUGCCAGAAUCGGAUUAUCAGAAGCUCGUGUCCAAGUUUGGUUCCAAAAUCGACGAGCAAAGUUUCGAAAGAAUCAUAAGGGUUUUCCGCUAGAAUUUCACCAAUCUGGACUGUAUUUGCCCAAUCAUGGUUCUCUUCCAACAACCGCUUCUUCGUCUUUGCCAAAGUCUUUCAACUCCAUUGUUAUGGAGCAAAGUUCCUGUGUUGCUUCGCCAAGUGCAUCUAAUUCCACAUCAUCGUCUACGCAAGAGAAUUUUGGUUGCUCUUUCAAAACAACUCCAUUCCACCAAGGCCUAAAGUUAACGUCUCAGUUGCCCGAGGAUGCGUUACUUACUCAACAAAAGAUGGAUGAUAAGCCCGAUUUGCUACAAAUGAUCAUUGAUGAAGAACUCAAGGAACAGUUAGUGCACGACAAUUGGCAAAACAAAACUACCAUUACUAAAUAAGCCAAAAAUAGUUGAUACUUGAUAAAUGAAAUCCAAUAAAUCA